AUGCUUAUCACCAGCAAAAGUCGUAAUCUUGAUCGAAUUUUACGCGUCAUUCGGAAUCCGAAUAUUGCCCGGUUCAGUUCUUCCAUGAAGGAAAUGGAUACACGGUCUGAAAUCGAAAGAAUCGUAAGACUCAUCAACGAGCAUCCUUUUCCCGAUCGGCCAUUACACCCCACUCUCCACUCUCAAAUUCCCCAAUCUGCACUCUCGGCUCCAUUUGUUGAGAAAAUCCUCGGAAACUUAUUCGGUGCCCAUUCGAACGGCCUCAAAGCAUACGAACUCUUCAAAUACUGCCUCAAAAGCGACCAUUACACUCCGAGCCCGGGCGCCUUCGAGAAAACCCUCCACAUACUCACGCGCAUGCGCUAUUUUGACAAAGCAUGGGAAUUGAUAUACAAAAUAAAGCGGGCCCACCCCUCUUUGCUCACUCUCAAGUCCAUGAGCAUCAUGCUCUCAAGAAUCGCGAAAUUCAAAUCCUACGAAGAGACCCUAGAAGCAUUCGAGAGGAUGCAAAAUGACGUAUUUCCUCAUAAAAAAUUUGGUACGAACGAGUUUAAUGUCCUCCUUCGCGCGUUCUGCACCCAACGCCAAAUGAAGGAGGCCCGAUCGAUUUUCCAUAAAAUGCACUCUCGUUUUCCUCCCGACACAAAAACGAUGAACAUCUUGUUAUUGGGAUUUAAAGAGUCGGGAGAUGUUACAGCUGUUGAGCUUUUCUACCAUGAGAUGGUCCGGAGAGGCUUCGAGCCGAAUAACGUCACGUAUAGCAUCAGAAUCGAUUCGUUUUGCAAGAAAGGGCAUUUUGGGGAUUCUUUAAGACUUCUCGAUGAGAUGGAACGUGAAGGGUGCCCCCCCACGUUGGAAACUAUGACCACUCUAAUACACGGAGCCGGUUUGUGCCGGAACGUAACAAAGGCCAAAAAUCUUUUUUUCGAUGAAAUACCGAAAAGGAACUUAAAGGCCGAUACGGGAGCUUAUAAUGCCCUCUUGAGUUCUUUCAUAAGAUCGAGAGAUUUGUGUUCGGCCGUCAAGCUGAUGGACGAGAUGGAGAAGGAAAAAAUCGAGCAUGAUGAUGUUACGUAUCACAGCAUGUUUUCGGGUUUUAUUCGUUCUGACAGUAUCGAGGGUGUUUGCACGCUUUAUAGGAAAAUGAUCGGGAAAAAUUUCGUGCCAAAGGCUCGAACGGUGGUUAUGCUGAUGAAGUUUUUGUGCGAAAACCGGAGGGUCGAUUUGGGUUUGGAUUUUUGGCAUUAUUUGGUGGGGAAAGGGCAAUGCCCACAUGGACACGCGCUGGAGCUUUUGGUGACGGGGCUUUGUGCAUGUGGGAGAGUCGAGGAGGCGUUUUUAUGCUGUAAGCAGAUGUUGGAGAGGGGAAGGGUUGUGAGUGAGAGAAUUGUGUUGAUGAUGGAGAGGGUUUUGGGGGAGGUGGGGGAAUUGGGGAAAUAUGAGGAGUUGAAGGGCCUGAUUGAUAAAUUGAAGAAGAUCUUGCCUCCUCCAAAACAAUAUGUAAUUGAUUCAUGUUGA